AUGUCUUUCCAACAAUCACACAAUGGCCAGGCCAUCUUCUCAAACCCAUUUGUGGUGACCGAAAUGUACAGGGUCGCCAUACCUCGGCGCAACAAGCCAGAGCCUGUACUCGAACUGAACAACAUCUGGCCGUCCACCACCCUGCACGCCUCCCGCAAGAAGCCCAUUGACGCCUUUGUAUUUAGCCUUCUCGCGCGGGCCGGCAUCCUCAACAGCCCAGACCAAGUCGUCUCGCUGUCAGACGUGGCCCGGCACCCGGACAAGACGGCCUGGGGCCUCGUCUCAUACUUCCAACACUAUGAGCACACCCACGCAAAGACAACUUUUCCCAACACUGAGAACGCAGACGACGGCCCGGAAGACACGCUGCUCAUCGUGUCGCCGUGGGACCCAGACUCGGCCGCGUCGUGGCCGCUGGCCGCGCUCUGGAUCCAGACCCGGCUGGACGCCUUCCUCGACAACGGGCACCGCAUCCGCGUCGAGAUGCAGGCGCCGGAUCUCUUCCUUGACAACCUCAUCGUGCGGCCCCUGGCCGCACGAUGCGUGGGCCGCCCCCGGCUGCAGCGCGACUGGAGGACGGCGAUCCGCGCCAUCAUCGGGCAGCAGGAAUCGACGGCGCUCGCGGAGCUGGGGCUGCGCAUGCACUACAUGGCGGCAGAUUGCGCAAACUUGGACGUCUUCACGCCCACCGUCUGCAUCCUCAUCCACGACAAAAACCCGGACGUUGCAGGAUGGACGCUGGCGAGGGAAAGAAUCAAGGAGUACUUGGCGGUCACGAGUCCUGGCAUGGGCUUGAUGAUACACGGGUGCGGCCAUUGUGAGCACGACGAAUUGGAGCCCUUGUAG